ACCGCGUGAGUUUGCCACUGGCACUUAAUAGCGUAUUUGUAGACUAUUAUUGUUGCUGCAAGUGGAUUGCUUUUAUUAUUUUUUUUUCGAUUUCACAAAAAGAUAUCAAACGUUAGGACAUAAAAUGGCAGACACAAAAGUAGAUACCAGUUCGGAGAUCUCCACAAAGGACCUUAAAGAAAAGAAACUUGUUGAGGAAACAGAAAAUGGAAAAGAUGCACCUGCUAAUGGAAAUGCAGAGAAUGAGGAGAAUGGAGAGCCAGAAAAUGAAGUAGAUGAUGAGGAUGAUGAUGAUGUGGGAGAGGAGGAUGAUGAGGAAGAUGAUGGCGAAGGUGAUGAUGAUGAUGACGACGAUGAAGUUGAAGGAGGCACUGGGAAACGAGCAGCUGAAGAUGAUGAUGAUGAUGAGGAUGAUGUUGGAACGAAGAAGCAGAAAACUGAUGAUUAGAAGUUUCUCACUCUGCUGAGCCCCUCCUACCCCUCCUCUCCUCAACCUGUCUGUUGGGGGAAGGAGGGGGUGAGGUCCAAGACAAAUGUGGUCAUCAUCAAGUAGAGUCCAACAUCCAUGCACACACACCCAACUGCAAAUUUUUUAGAAUCAAUCCAGACUUCAAGGCUCUACCUUCUUAAUGAAAUACUUUAAAAAGGAUAAUUUGUUUGUAUUUUUAUUUACAUUUUAUAUUUUUGUACAUAUUGUUAGGAGGUCAGCCAUUUUUGACCAUGAUCUCUGGUGACCAAACGGUGCUUUGAAGUUGAUGCUUCUCUAUAAAAUAGACUUUACUUGUGGUUUGACCAUGUCAUGUUAUCUCAACAGAUUACUUGUAAAAAAAAAAAAUAAUAAAAAAAAAUCAAAACCGAUUAAAUUCAGAGCAUUCCAGUAACUUUGUGUAUGUACUUUAGUUGUACCAUAACUAGUUGGUUUGUAUGAGAUGGCAAGGCCAAAGAAAAGGAUUUUUACUUUUUUUUUUUUUUUCUUUUUGGUCUUUAAAAUUGCUGUUUAUUGUGGCCUGUUUGUAUGUGUGAAGUUUGUUGUACGACAAUAAACCGGAUUUUUAUUUUGUGA